UCACACCCCGCGUGCUCUCCAUUUUGUUUGCAACGUGAAAAACUAAGUGAAAAACGCUCUCACCCAGUUUGACUAAAACGAAAACUGUGUAAAGUAAACUUGAGACGCUUGAAACCUGUGCAAAUAUAGUGCGUACCACCGGCCAAGAAGAUGGACAACAUAGAGCGACUGUACAAAUGCUACGAGAUUCUGUCCGAGGCGGGCGAUAAAAUAUCCGAGCAUGUGGAUGAAUAUAAGGAGAUACUCAAGGCCGUGAAGGGCACGUCGAAGGAGAAGCGCCUGGCAUCGCAGUUCAUUGGUAACUUCUUCAAACACUUUCCAGAUUUGGCCGACACAGCCAUCGACGCGCAGUUUGAUUUGUGCGAGGAUGACGACACACAGAUCCGCCGCCAGGCCAUCAAAGAUCUGCCGAAACUGUGCCAGGGAAACGCAGAUGCUACCAUCCGAGUGGGUGAUACUCUGGCCCAGCUGUUAAUCCUGGACGAUCCCACAGAACUGCAGCAGGUCAACAACUCACUGCUGGCCAUCAUAAAACUGGACACCAAGAGCUCCAUCGCCGGAUUGUUUCAGCAAAUCUCCACUGGGGAUGAAACCACAAGGGAGCGCUGCCUCAAGUUCAUUGCCACCAAGCUGCUGACCAUGGGUCCCACAGUUAUUACCAAGGAAAUUGAGGACAUUAUCGUGGAGGAGAUCAAAAAGGCAUUGCAGGAUGUCACCGCGGAUGAGUUCCAUCUGUGCAUGACAAUUCUGGGAGCCACCAAACUGGGAAGCACCAUCACAGGACACGCUGAGCUCGUCAAGCUGGCCACGGAGCAGGCGGAGCUUAAUAACACAGACGCGGACAUCAUAGCCGUAGACGACGAGGUGGUGGAGCGAUUCAUUCAGUGCGCCUCUGCUGCGGCUCCUUACUUUUCGAAAACCAUCAAAUCCACGGCCUUCGUGGUUCACGUUUGCGAUAAACUGCUGCCCAUCAAGACAUGGAACAUGAUCGCCACUGCAGUGUCGCAAGAUCAAAUCCAACUUAGAUUACUAAAGGUAUUCGCCGAGAUGAUAACCAACACAGACAAGCUGGACAAUGCCAGCGAACGCAUUAAUGCAGUCUACCAUGUAUUGCUGGAAUACAUGCCUUUGCCGAAGCUGAGCGACGAGGAUCUGGGAGAUACGCCGCCCUCGUUUCAGUUCUCGCACGCCGAGUGCUUACUGUACGCAUUGCACACCCUUGGAAAGAAUCAUCCAAAUAGUUUAAGUUUCGUCGAGGAUGCGGAGAAGCUAAAAGACUUUCGAGCUAGAUUGCAAUAUCUAGCAAGGGGAACACAGGGUUAUAUUAAGAAGCUGGAGGAGUCGCUCAAGGGCAAGACUGGAGAGGAGCUCAAGACGGAGGAGAACCAACUGAAGCAGACGGCACUGAAGACGACAUCAAACAUCAACGUUCUGAUUCGGGAUCUAUUCCAUUCGCCGCCCAUAUUCAAACAUGACAUUGUGCUCUCCUGGAUUGUGCCAAAAAAUAACAAGCUGGGCAAGCGCCAUGCACCCAUCACGUUUGGAGAGAAAGCCGCUGCGAACGGCAAGGAUAAGGAACAGGAGCCAGAGAAGAAAGCGCGGUCAUCCAACGAUCAGAGGUUCUACUCACCGCCAUCCGGAAAAUACUCGAACAAGGUCAACCAGAGCUACGGGAACAACAAUCGCACGAGACAACGAGGCGGCGGCGGCGGCAGCGGUGGAGGCUAUAGAAACAGGCGAUUCAACAAGUACUAAGUAAACAAUCGUGAGGCAGAAGAGCAGCAAAGAACACUUCACUUGAAUGGUUUGUCCCUAGUCCGUAGACAUACAUACAAAAAAAAGAGAAAAAAUAAAACUAGCAGAUAAUGGAUGCGUGCAGAGUACACACAACUGAUGCGAUGCUGCAGCCAAGCAAUUUUAAAGGAUAUUUCAAAAAGGAAACAAAACGAAAGUGGUGAGUAUUCCAUGCAAUUUUCAUUUAACUUUCUCCCCUUUGUCUCCUUUCAGCGCAACUUAUUUUCAUGGAAAGUAAAUGCAACAUUUUUACAUCCAUUUAACUCAUACACUCACGCAUUGCUUUUAUUAUUUUCGUGAACAAAUGUUUUUGCUAAAGUACUUGUGCAAUUUUCCAAAACACGCCACGCCUUCUUUUCAUACAUCGCCCAAAGAAAGGCGCUGGCAUUGUUUAAAAUUUUUAUAUCUCGCUCCUGUUUUUACCUUCAAUUCUGUCAAACGCAUAAAUAUAAGAUUAUACAGUUAACCAAGUGAACGAAUAUCAAUAUAUAAAACAUACUUUCAAGUUGAACGCUUUGAAGAUCAUGAUUUUCAAGCGACAAAUCGGCAUUUGUUUCAAACCCAUUAGUUUUUAUUUAACAUGUAAUAUCAAAUUAACAAUUGUACCACUUAGAGAUGCAAAUCAGCAAAAAACCACAUAGCAUACAUUUCUUGAAUUCAAUAAAAGCAACAUUAAAUUA